AUGUUCCACCCAUUCGAAGAAGUUAGACCAAACAACACAAUUCUCACUCAAAACUUGACAAUUAAUAUUUCUGAUGUUGGAGACCAAGAUUAUCAGCCAAUGAUAGAAAAUGAUGAAACCUUCCAAGACAUUUCCGACGCUGUCAAAGAAUGGAUGUAUAAUGGGAAAGGCGGCGGCAGAUCUAAAGUGGAAAACAAGUUCAGCAUGAAUCUAUUCACCAUGAGUUAG